AUGCCAUUUAAUUUUCAUAAAUUAAAACAAUUCUUCAUGUUUGCCAAACCACAAAAUCUUAAUGAUGGUAGUUUGGUACUAAAUCCAAAAGCAGCACAUAAAUAUUCUUUAAUUUGGGUAACAGAAAUAAUAACAACAAUUAGAUGCAUGGUUUGGGAGAUACAGCAUUUGGAUUUUUGGAUAUCUUUGAGUAAAUGCCAAUAGUCAAAGCAGAAACUAAAGUAUACUUACUUUAAGCACCACAAAGACCUGUAACAAUUAACAUGGGUAUGAAAUGCACAAGUUGGUUUGAUAUCAAAGUUCUUAAGACAGAUUGUAAUAUUGAGCUCUUUGCUAAUAAUUUUAAGAGUGUAAUGAUUAAUUUAUUAUAUGUCUAUAUAGACUGUAUCAAUGGAAGAAAUAGAAGAUUCUAAAAAAAUGAUUACAAGUUAUAUAGAUUAAGAAGCAAAAUUAGUUUCUUCUAAAAAUGUAUUUAUUGGUGGAUUCUCUUAAGGAUGUUGUAUGGCUUUAGAAACAGGCUUGAGUUAUCCAUAAUAAUUAGGUGGUAUAGUUGGUUUAUCAGGUUAUUUAUUUCCAACAACUUAAAUUAAUGAUGCUUAAAAAGAGACACCUAUAAUAUUAGUUCAUGGUGAACAAGAUCAAAUGAUUCCAUGUGAAUUAUCUAAGAAAAGUUAUGAAAGAUUAGACAAUACAAAGAGAUAAAAUUUUGGUCAUCAUAUUAUUCUAAAGAUGGGUCAUGAAGUUCCAAUGCCUACUAUUAAAUUGAUGAUUAAUUUCUUCUAGAAUACAUAGAAAUGA